GAAGGUGCACGAAUCUGCAAGUAGUCAAAACUCGUCUGUCUGCUGGAUAAAUAAUAAUAUAUUUUUCUCUGAAAAAUCUCUUAUAUAUUUCGUUGGAUAACCAAGUCGGUGAAGUUACGUCAAGCAUAACUGAAACGAUCGCUUCGUCAAAAUGAAUUUCGGAAGAGUGGCUAACGUUAACGUUUUUCGCAAAAUUCGACAGCUCGAGACACUGGUCAACCCCAGUUUACUUGCACGAAGUUCUAAUCCAACACAUUUUCCUAAGUCCACAUCGAGUUUCACAAAUCUCAGUCGUUCUGUGAUUCCUAAUGCAACUAAUUAUCCAAAAUGCAGUGUUUUGUCCAAGUUGCCCUCACUAUCGACGGUCAGCAUGAUCCAAACUCGCGCAGCAAGCAGUCAUGAUCAUGUGCAAUUGUGGGUGAUGGAGAAAAUACUGUCUGCAUCCCUUCUGGCACUAAUACCCACUGCCAUGCUUUUAGAAAAUAAAUUUCUUGAUACACUUCUGGCAGCUGCCGUUGUUAUGCACACACAUUGGGGACUGGAAGCUAUCGCCAUUGAUUAUGCACGGCCCAGUGUGGUGGGUAAACUAGGUAGCAACUUGGCGCACAUCUUAGUUAUCUUACUCUCUGCUAGUACUCUUGCUGGUCUGCUUGUGCUGAUCUAUAAUGGCCCUGGUCUCACAAAAGUUAUUAAGAAUGGCUGGGCAAUAGGUAAAGAUAAACAAAAGACUAGUUAAAUAGUUAUUACUAUGGCAGAAAUAAUUAUUACAUAUAUGAAGAGCUUUUUAAGAUGGUAACUUAUAAAUUAUUCCGGAAUAAAUUAUUCGCUUAUUCAA